CUAAAUGCAACCAGACAGGCCUCAGCCCCCCCCCCCCCUUCUGAAGAAACAUCAACACUUCUCUGCAUGUGUCUCCACUGUGUCCUCAUGUGAUCAACAUGUUCCUCUGCACCCUCCCCCUCGGCCUCCCGCAUCUCAGCAGUGGGAUGGACACCACAGUAGAUAUCUGUGAGGACCCCCGUGCAAAAGUUCCUACAUUUUUAGCCGUCGGGAAAAGAUUGACCUCUUGGACGGGGAGCGCCUUUGUAAACAUUCGAAGAAUUUGACGGGAAACUGUUUGGGGCAUUUUUGUCACAUGCCAAGUAACGCUAUGGACCUCUUUGAGUUCCUUUGUCUGCUGCUUUAUGUGACUGUCACUCAUGCGAGCAGCGAGGUGCACAAGUGGACCAGGCAGAAGCUUCCGGUGCUGACGGCCCAAAAAACCCAGCUUCAAGAGAAACCUUUGUUCAGGAGUCCAACGGCGGAUGCAAAGGAAGGCGAAGUUACCCAACUGUGCGGUAUCGAGUGUCAGAGUGGCCUACCGCCCUUAAACCCAAGCGAGCAAGAGAGGAUUCUGGGAUAUGAGACGAUGUAUGACAAUGGCACAUGCACCCGCACUGACGUCAGAUUCCGAGGUUGGAACACGACGGGACCGGCUGCGUACGUUUCGUCGCCGAGUCGCAAGAAGCGGCAGGUUUACGGCGCCGACGGUCGCUUCGUUAUCUCCGACUGGCAUUUCAUCACCAACUAUCCUUUCGCCACCGCCGUACGCCUUUCCACGGGCUGCUCCGGGGUCCUGGUCUCCCCCAAACACGUGUUGACGGCUGCCAACUGCAUCCAUGAUGGGAGUUACUAUCUGGAGAGCGUGAAAAGCUUGAAAGUCGGAGUGCUGCAACUCCGAAACAAACGAGGGAGGAGGAGGAGGAGGAAGAGACGGCAGAGAGCUGCAAGGAAAACAAAGCAGCAAAAAGGAGAGCUGCGGGAUGGAGAGAAGAAUAGAAUUGCUCGAGAUACAGCAAGAAUUCGCAGCACCCAUUUGGGGGUGGGAAUCAGUCCCCGCAGUAGGCAGCCAGUCUUUCGCUGGAUACGAGUCAAACAAACGCGCAUCCCGCAAGGAUGGAUCCACUCGAGGAACUCCUCUGCUUCCCUGGCCACCGACUACGACUACGCCCUCCUGGAACUGAAACGAGCCGUCAAACAGAGGAAGUUCAUGGAGAUCGGCGUGGCGCCCCGCGCCUUCCUCCCGGCCCGAAUCCACUUCUCGAGCUACGACGAAGACAAAAGCUUGCUGGCCGUCCGCGAGGGUGAAAAAGUGGUCUACCGCUUUUGCUCGGUGGUGAAGGAGUCCGACGAUCUGAUGUACCAGCAUUGCGAUGCCCGGCCAGGAGCCACCGGGGCGGGGGUUUACGUCCGUCUGAGACAGGAAGGCGGGAAAGGGAAGUGGCAGCGUCGAGUGAUCGGGGUGUUCUCGGGUCAUCAGUGGGUGCAAGUUGGGGACGGCGAGCAGCGGGACUUCAAUGUGGCGGUGAGGAUCACCCCUGCCAAAUAUGCGCAAAUCUGCCACUGGAUCCACACAGACCCCAGUCACUGCAAAACUCUUUGAACUCCUACUUACUUUUGUCCAGCUGUGGCACUGUGCCAUUAAGCUUAGGCCACAAAAGUAUGCUUCCACGCUAACCGUUUGCAUUUGUUUGUAUGGUUGUGAAGUUGAUCCGUUUCAGCUGUAGUCUGCUUUUAAAAAAACAAAAAAAAAGUGAAAUUGCUGUCUCGUCUGAAACUUUGUAUACACUGUGCUAAUUAGGCCUGUCUCUAGACAGAUUCGUAUUGGUUUAGGAUGGGCUGAGGUUAGGGAUAGCAAUGCUAACAAUGAAGCGCCAUGCUUCAUUGUGAGCAUUCGAAGCCCAUGAAACAGUGGCGGCGAUGUUGUUGUCGUCCUUGAUUUUAGUUUUGACAGUGGUCAUAACUAAGAAUUUCAAAUGAACCCUUCUUAACCCUUGAAUGCCUGACCCAUCAAGGAAUAGCCAGAAAAAUCAGAUUUUUUUUGGGGGGGGGAACUGAGAUGUUCAUUCAACCUUAUAACAAAAUCCACAAAAAUAUUUUUGUCAUAUUAUUUUGUUUUAGAUAUUUGUUGUAUCACAUUUCUAAGCAUUAUGUAGAUUACAUCAAAAACUGACAAUCAUAUUUU